CUCGAUUUUCAAUGAACUACGUCGCAGGACUAUGUGGCAAGCUAUAAAACAAGAACAGGUUGUCGGAUAAGGUUAACGUCAAUUCAACACGCCCCCAAGUCAAGAUCAUGGGUCUGGUUCGAGGCUUCUACUGUGGCGCAGCCUUGUUUAUGGCGCUCCUAGGGCUUGUGUUCGUCUCUGUCGGGAUCGCCACUCGCGGCUGGGCUGUACUCGAAAACAUCAUUCAUGUUGGGCUCUGGAAAACAGAUUACAACGGCCAAUCUUUUGACACAGUCGACUUCUUUUUCGCAAUUCACUGGAGUGUAGAUUCGCUGCGCGCCAUCAGAGGAUUGAUGUGUACGACUGUGGCAAGCUCUGCUGUGGCCUUCAUCAACCUCGUCGUCCUACAGAAGAGAUUUGACAGUCAAGCCGUCCUAGUCAUAUUGGCACUAUUGUUUAGUGCGUUUGCUAGCCUUUCAGGAUUGUUGUGCAUUAUUGCUACUGCUAUUUUCAACUCUCAAGAUAUCUCUACGUUGUACACACUCGGAUACAGCUUUUAUUUGUCGCUGACUGGGGCUAUCCUGAUGUGGACAUCCUUCAGUAUACUGGCUAAGGCAAUGAAAGACGGCGAGUUGAACAGCAACCAAGACCAGUACGUGCAGUUUGAAAAUCAAUCUCCUCAAAAGAUCUAAUGAGCCAGUCAAGGGAAGUAACAAGUCAACUGGUGUGAAAGUACAACAUCACGAGGCAAGGGAGAGAAUAGAUAAAUAGCUAAAGAGAACGACGGAAUGCUCAAAGUAUGAUCAAAUACAUCGAUAAAGCCUACUUAUUUUC